AUGACAGCCACAGAAGCGGUCCCCUCGAGGUGCACGCUCCUCCACUGCGCCACAAUUAUCACCGUCAACAAACAUAACGAGAUCCUGCGAGAUGGAUACAUUCGCGUCGACGGGGACAGAGUCACAGACAUUGGAAGCGGUCCAUAUAAGGGGGAUCUUGCAGUCGGGGCUCGCCAGAUUGACUGCCGAGGCAAGAUCAUCAUCCCCGGACUGAUCAACACCCAUGCUCAUCUAGUCCAGUCGCUCCUACGCGGACUGGCGGAGGAUCUACCAUUGCAUAACUGGCUAUGUGAUGCGAUUUGGCCGUUGGAGGCUGUCUUUGCAGAGGACGAUGGCUACCACGCGGCGCGAUUGACUACAGCGGAGAUGCUCAAGACGGGCACGACAUGCUUCCUCGACCCAAUGCUGACGUAUCGUGCUGGAUUUGAUCGUGUAUGUGCCGCGGUGGGAGAAAUGGGUAUCCGAGGCUGUCUGGGGAAACUGGUCAAGUUUACAGAAACAAAUCGCCAGCUAUCGAUAUCAGACCCCCGAGAUCAAGAUCUGCUCGCAAUGUCCAUACCAGAGCUCCUAAAUUCUCAUAAGAAGCACCACGAGAGCCACGACGGCAGAGUCCAUGUGUGGGCUGCGGCCGGUACACCUCGAGGGGCCUCAAUAUCCCACUACCAAGAGCUAGGCACAACCUGCUCGGCCAAGGGUAUCUCAAUGACGAUGCACUGUGCCGAGGCUCCAAGAGAUCGGACCAUCUACCGAGAAGCGUACGGCUGUAGUGCAAUGGAGUUUGUGCGUGAUGCCAACUUCUGCCCACAGCCCAUAGGGACGCCGAAUGAGAACAGUGCCAAGUCUCAUCGUCUGGUCCUGGCACAUAUGGUCAACCUAGACAACGAGAUUGACAUUCCAUUACUCGCAAGUACGCAGACGUCGGUGGCCCACAACCCAACAUCGAAUCUCAAGCUGGCAUCCGGCGUAGCUCCGGUCCCAGCCAUGCUCUCUCACUCGUCUCCUGUCAAUGUCGCCCUCGGAACAGACGGCGGGCCAUGCUGCAAUCACUAUGACAUGAUCCAAGAAAUGCAUCUGGCUGGGAUCUUACAUAAAGGAGUCAACCACGAUGCGAGCCUCAUUCCCGCUGAAGUCGCUCUCGAAAUGGCCACGAUCAAUGGAGCACGUGCCCUGGGAAUGGGAGACGAGAUCGGCAGUCUCGAGAUUGGAAAGAAAGCCGACCUAGUGCUUAUCGAUCCUUAUGGGCGAGGUGGUCUGGGAGCUGCACCGUGGAGCAGCAGCAUUAUCGGAAGUGGAGUGAGUCCCGUCACCACGAUUGUUCAUGGAUGUACCGGUCGUGAUGUUGAGAUGACCAUGGUGGACGGAAGAAUCUUGGUGGAGGGAGGAAGGCUCGUGGGAGGGGUGGCAAAGGAGAUGGAUAUCAUUGAAAGGGCGCAAGUAGUCACGCGGGAUAUACUUCAGCGAUGCAACCGGCAUCGAGAUUGCAAGUCGCAAGUUGCGGGCAAGCUGCACGCAUCCUGGCGAUAUGUUUAG